UGAUCUAACCCGAUCUAACCUAGACAACAGUUGCCUGUCUUCGGCUACCUGCUGCCAUUAAUACAACCUCUCGCGAAGUCUCCUCUCGAGAGUAGCAUAGCGAUGACGGAUGCAGCGGGCUUACCGGGCGCCACCACGGGUCAGAGAGCGAUGUCGAGGCUACUGCGGCAGCGAGCCCAGGAGUUUCUCGCUUCGCGGAAACAUGCGAACAACCUGGUAGACAUAAUCGGCCAUUGGGACGAAUCCACCUGUUUAUGCUUGCUUACGAUAGAAACGAUAUUCGUUGAGGUACUGAAACGCGGCGACAUGUACCUCGAACAUUCGAUAACUCUCAUCAUCUCAGAACCUAGCCCCGAAUCCCGCUACAUAACUUGGCUAAGAAAUUGCUACGAGGAAGUUUGGAAAAAGAUACUAGCAUCUAUGGAAAAAUGUAAAUCGACUAUUCAAUUGCAAGCUCUUACCACUGCGAUAAAGUUGUUGGCGGAAGAGGGUAAAGCAUCGUUGGAGCCGCGUGACCAAACGGGUUAUUAUUUUCCAUUGCAACGUCUGAAGCCUAUCCUUAUGACGCUCCUUUCACCUGAAAAGGACAAUACAAAUUUAAUAUUAAGGUUCCAAGAGAUCACUGAAUACCCUGAUGCUCUAUACUAUACAUGGAAAUGUCUACCUUCUCUUACCCCAAAGAGACAACCACAAGAAAUUUACAUUAAGAACCUAUUAGAACUUAUAGAUAAAAUACCACUGCCAAAAGAAGGGGAAGAAUCUAAAGUAUCGGACAAUAAGGAGCUCCUGUGUGGGCCACAAGAUGCUACAUUCACCUGGGAUCAGUCAGCCGUUAAACGUGCGUUAAACAAAGUCUGGGGCUGUGUUAUGCAUUGGGAACUGACACCGCAGUUACACAAACAAUUGUUAUUGGUUUUGCUGGAACGAGUCAUGCCGCAUUUAGAAAAACCGAUAUUAUUGACAGAUUUUUUAAUGGACUCUCUAGAUGUGGAUGGUCCUGUCGGUGUAUUAGCCUUGCAAGGUGUAUUUGUAUUGGUCACCAAACAUAAUCUAGAAUAUCCAAAUAUUUUCACUAAACUGUAUUCAAUGUUUGAACCAGAAAUUUUUCAUACUAAGUACAAGGCUCGUCUGUUUUACUUGUCUGAUCUGUUUCUCAGCUCGACACAUUUACCGGAAGCAUUAGUAGCAGCAUUUGCGAAGCGACUCGCACGUCUAACAUUGGUUGCACCGCCAGAAGAUAUCCUAAUAAUUCUGCUUUUCGUGGGUAACUUAUUGCUUCGACAUCCAGGAUUAAAGAGGCUGAUCGAUCAUCCACAGGGCGGCGAAGUCGCCUCUGGUGCAGGUGAUCCGUUCCUCAUGGAGGAACGCGACCCAUUACUGAGUAACGCGUUGCUCAGUAGUCUUUGGGAGAUCCGAGCGUUGCAAUGGCAUAUCCUUCCCAGCAUUGCCAGCGCAGCGCGUUUUAUUCGCGAGCCUCUGCCUUCGGUUGAGUACGAUAUGGCAUCUGCGUUGGAGCGCACUGGUGGCCAUCUCUUCGAUCGCGAAUUGAAAAAUAAGGUCAGAGAAAUCAUGCUGACGUUCGAAAGGCCAAACUCCAUGGCAUUGUCGAAAGGAGAGAAGCUAUUGCAAUAUUGGCAACUUACGAGCACGCAUUGAUCCCUUCCUUCUAUAUGCAACGUGAUCGCCAGAGUGCAAUAUACGUGAGUGAAAAGCAUUGUCAAUCCUCGCCAUUCAGGCGAAAAAUAGACAUUUUGCGUUUUAUACAACGUAUUUAUGACAAGCGAAAGACACAGGCAGUGUAUUUUUCCGCGGUGUUGAACAUCCGUGCUUAAAAUAACGAGUUUGUGUGUAAUUUUUUUGAUUCGCACAAGCGAAAGAAAAACUGCUUUUCGUUUAUUCAUCUAAGUUGUACGUAAAGCAAUAGUUUAUGUAUUUUAUGCAUAAACUAUCUUGCGAGACUUUCAUAAUACAUUCAACUCUUUCGCUGGUUCCUUGUAUAACUUUAAUAAAAAACACUGCUACCUUGUUAUGGCAAACUUCUUUGUCAAACUUGCUUAGAUAGAGUAGAAAAUUAACAUAUAGGAAUUUCGAUAUAUCAUUGGCUUUUAUACAUAUACAUAUAUCGAUUAAGCUAACAUCAGCAAUAAAUUAAUUCUUCUGUCUUCACACAUUUAACUUCACUACACAACGGUAAGUAAUUAAUUUAAAAAAAAAACAGUUGUGUGUUAUUCUUUAUUGUUAUAAUUUAAAUCUUAAAAUAACAUAACAUCGAAAAAUGUGGUACAAUAGAAUCUAUACAUAACGUAAAACUUCAUAUGUAUAUAUUCCAUAAUGUGAUUUAUUCAUAACAUCAAGCACAUUAUUAAUAAAUUAUAAAGA